UUUGCCGCCGGCCUCGCUUCCGCCUCCGCCGCUGUCUGGUCCUGGAGCCGACCCCUUCUCCUCCCAUGGCCGAGCCGGUCAUCACUCCUUCCAAGGCGGACCCGGUCGACGCUCCUUCCAAGGCGCCCCCAGUCGACGUUCCUCCCAAGGCGGCCCAGGUCGACGGCCCUUCUAUGGCGGGCCAGUGCGGCGCUCCUCCCAAGGCGGCCACCGGCCCCGGCCUCUACUCCGAGAUCGGCAAGAAGACCAGAGAUCUUCUGUACAGGGAUUUCACCACGGACCAGAAGGUUACCUUCAGCACUUGCGCCGCAAAUGGAGCUGCAAUCACUGCUACAAGCACAAGCAAAAAUGGAGCCACCCUUAGCGAGAUUCAGACCCAGCUUAAGUACAGGAAUUUCAAAGUUGAUGUGAAAGCAAAUUCAGACUCUCAACUGUUAAUCACAGCCUCCGAGGAAUUUAGGAAACUAGCAGGCUUGAAGCAAAUCCUAACCAUUCCUUUUCCAAACCCCAGUGCUGGAAAGUUAGAGUUCCAGUACUUGCAUGAUUACGCUGGACUCAGUCUGGACCUUGUCCUGGACUCAAAACCUCUGGUUAACGUUUCUGGUCUGUUUGGCAACAAAGCUCUUGCUGUUGGUGCUGACGUUGCCUAUGACAGCGCAACUGGGGAUUUCACCAAGUACAAUUUUGGGGCGAGUUUCACCAAUGGAGAUCUUUUCGCUGCUGUGAUGCUGAACAACAAAGGGGACAGCAUAUCUACGUCUUACUACCAAAUGGUGAGCAACAGCCAGGCUGCUGCUGGAGCAGAGGUGAGCCACAGCUUGUCGAGCCAUGAGACCACGGCCACCUUGGGGGUGCAGUAUUUCUUGGACCCUAUGACCACUGCGAAGGUUCGCUACGACAACCACGGCAUGGUCAGUGCCCUCAUCCAGCACGAGCUGAGGCCCAAGUCAGUGCUGACCAUCUCCAGCGAGUUCGACACCAAGGCAAUCGAGAAGAGCUCCAAGAUAGGCCUCUCGCUGCUCCUUACGCCUUGAUGAUGCCGAUCCCUUCUAGGUUUAGCAUGGUGGUAGUAGACUCAUAGAUUUCCGUAUCACAGAUACCUGAGGUGGUCUUCUCGUGUAUGUGUCGAAGUAUCCCGUCUUGGUCGUGUAUGUGUCGACGUAUCCCGUUUCUGCAAAUUUGUUCUUGCUUUGGCGUCAUUUCGAGAAUUAGUAGUGCUCGCCCAUGUCCAGUAGCUUGUUUUAGAUGUUUGAGAACUAGAUCAGUGAUUCUGCAUAGUAUCUUGGUAAAUGCUUUUGGCCUUGACAUGCCUAAGUCGCUUUCUGU